CUUCAGGAUUGCCGUUGGACGGUGGCUACUUGUAGGUGACACGUAACUAAAGUUAAAGGUACCGUGUAGGCCUCGCUGGUUGCGCUGCACAGAGGAAAAACUAGGGAGUCCCUUUUCAAUGGGUUUGUGUUGCCGACUGUUUUUCGCCAAGGAGAAAAGCAAUCUUCAGGCACCGACGGCACAGAAACCCUUCAUCGCCCAAUGAAGAAAGCGAAUAAACUUGGCAAUCCAGUCGUAGUCCAACAAUUCCCGUCCACAGAGAGUAGCGAAGUGUUGGGAACUUUAUUUUCUUUUGCUGGGAAGGCGUUUCGCUCACUUUCUGCACCAUUUCGCAGCGGCCAGCACAGCCCAGACCACUUCCCCCCUCGCCUGGAGCGGCCGGUUGAGAUGCGCGUCACAUUUCGGAGCUGGGAAAGUUGAGAGAAGAGAAAACCAAAGUUGGGAAAAGUUAUCCGAAGUUUCGCUGCCUGUGGGGUGCCGGGUCAUCUGGGAAAGGGGGUGACUAUGGGCAACGGAAUGUGCUCCAGGAAACAAAAAAAGAUCUUCCAGUCUCUCCUGUUGCUCACCCUGGUUUUUGGACUAAUUUAUGGCGCGAUGAUAUCGUACGAAAUGCACAAGCAGCUCAAGAGAACGGAGGCACUGGCAGUGAAAUACCAGCAGCACCAGGAGUCUUUAUCGGCGCAGUUACAAGUUGUUUACGAACACAGGUCAAGAUUGGAAAAGUCCUUGCAGAAAGAGAGACUUGAACACAAGAAGGCUAAAGAAGAUUACCUUGUGUACAAGCUGGAAGCACAACAGACACUAACUAAAGAAAAACAAGAUGCCAACAACAGGAUUAACUCCUUGAAUAUGCAACACCAAAUGCUAAAGAACCAGCAUGAUGACCUGAAGAAACAGUUCUAUGAUCUUCAAGAACAGCACCAGCUCCUGGGAGAUGAUCACAACAAAGCACUGAGUGAUCACAAACAGACAUACGAUCAUCUGCAGCAGAUGAAGGAGAUGGAGAUCUCUAAACUAAAAGAGAACAUCUAUAACCUGCGUGAAGAGAACAAGCAACUGAGAAAAGCUCACCAGGAUGUUCAUAUGCAGCUCCUGGAUGUCAGGCAACAGCACAAGGAUUUAAAGUCGGCACACGACCAACUUGCAAUGACUCUAGAAGACCACAAGAGUGCGCUGGCUGCUGCACAGGUCCAAGUGGAAGAAUUUAAGCAGCUCAAAGAUACCCUUAAUAAAAUACCCAGUUUCAGACAAACGGGGUACAACAAGACACCUGCGCCCCAGGCAGUGCAAGCAAGGCAGGAGCUACAGGGGACCACCCCUGAGCACCAGGCUGGCCCCGAGGAGCACCCAGAAGCCAAAGAACAGAGCCGUGACCAGCCCGAGAAUCCCGCUGAGGAGCGCGAGGCCCCAGAAGAGCCGACGGAGCGGCACCGCGGCCCUGAGAGAGCGGGAGACCACGAGGAGGAGCCCGAGCCCGGGCAGGAGGAAGAGAGACGGAGGGAGCUGGCGGAGGAGGAGAUGGAGCAGGCCGGGCAGCCGCAGCGCUUGGCAGAGGAUAUGGAGCAGCCGCAGGAGGAUGAGGAGAGGGGGCAGGAGGAGGAAGAGAAGAAGCCCGAGCCCUGGCAGCAUCGGCAGGAGCGCCCACAGGUGCCGCAGGACGACAACGCGCUGGCCCGGGACCAGGAAGAAACGCAGACCCACACGCCCCCGCAGGCCCCGCAGCGCGUGAAGUCCCCCUACGAGGAGCAGCUGGAGCAGCAGCAGCUGGCGGCCCAGCGCGCGGAGGAGGCCCGCAGGCUGAGGGCGCAGCAGGACGCCCUGCAGCAGCAGAGGCUGAAGGAGCACCUGGAGCGGCAGCAGAGGGAGAGGGAGAGGGAGCUGCAGCUGCAGAGGGAGGCCGACCGCAGAGAGGAGCUCCUGAGAGAGCAGCAGCGCAGACAGAAGAGCCAGUAUGAAAACAUAGAUGCAGACAUCGUGCAAGGAGAGGCGGAGCAGCAAAACGGGGAGCACGGAGAGGUGAACAAACAAACCGAAAAGGAGGACGAGGAGAAGCACGGCAAAGGCGAUCGCGUCCAGGAAGAGCCUGCAGAGGACAUGAACCCAGAGGAUGAUCCGAACAACCAGGGCGAGGACGAGUUCGAGGAGGCGGAGGAGCGGCAGGAGAACGUUCCAGAAGGGAACGGCGAACGCCGGGAAGUGGAGAGGAGGGUCAGGCCAGAGAUGGGCGAGCAGCUGGUGUUGGCAGGGAACCCGGAUCAGCAGGAGGAUAAUCUGGAUGAGCAGUACCAGGAGGAGGGGGAGGAGGAGGUCCAGGAUGAUCUAGGUGGAGCCCCUAAAAGAGAGGAAGAGGAGAACGAGGAUGGCCCCUACAAUGAAGAGAAUGAGGAACACGCCCCAGAAGGUCCAGAGAAGGAGGACAAAGCUCCUGAGGAAGAGCAGCGCAAACCAGAGGCCGAAGAGGAGAAUUACGAGGAAGAGGACGAGGAGGAGGAGGGAGAAGGGGGAGCACGCGAGGCUCACCCGCAUCGGCGGGCGGAGAUGUGAGGACACCCUUCGUCUGAAAACCGUUCCAGCUGCCGGUGAGGCAGCAGCCCACUGGAGGACUUUCCACACCUUUUUCUCCUUUGCUCCACAGCAGGAAUACGAAUACUCCGCGGUUACAGAAGAGGUGUGUAUUUUGAAUAAUGGUUGAAAUCUAGCAAGGGACAACAGAGGUACGCAAAGGAAAAAAAUAAAAGAAUAUAUACGAGUAGAAACUUGGAACAGUUGUGAAAGGCUCUGUGACAAUUCUUUGGAAAGGGACGCUAUACCAAAUUCAGAAUGAACUCAAGAUAGUUUAAAAAAAUUAGUUGAAGCUUAUUUGGAAUCAGAAAAGAUCAUUAUUUUUAGCAGAAUGCUUGAGUCCUGUAAUCUUGCUCUUUUUUUAAUUAAAAAUUGUGUGUUUUAUAAGACUUUUUUUAAACUGAAAACAUUUAUGUUUUAAAUGAUGCUUUAUCUUACCCCUUAAAUCCCUUAUCCCUUAAACGCUAUUAUUCCAGUGACCUUCCAGUAUCCGGCUAUUUGUGUAUCCCAGAUUUACAGUAAUUAGGUUCCCACCAACCAUAUUCAGCAAAUCCCAUCCUGCUGCACACACCUAAUCUCGGUUCCAAUUGUGUCCGAAAAAUACUUCUCGAUUUCAAUAACAUUUCUCCAUGAUCGCUCAGAUAUUACUUCCAUGCUUUACAUUGUAUAAUCCUGACAGGUUAUUGAAACAUUAUAUUUUUUCAUUUGUUAUGUUUUUAAAUUGAGAGUCACCAAUUUUAUUGCCAAAUAUCUGCUUUUCACAUCUUGGCUCACUGCUGUGAACACUGUAACCACGUGUAGGGGAGAACGAAGAAGUGCAGUCUCCUCUGGCUCCUCCCACCUUUAAGCUCCUCCUCUUUUAAUGUGUCAGAGGCACCUGAGCCCCCUGCUGGAGGUUCAGGAUAUCUCUCGGCUGUAGCACUGCCCAUAUGUGAGCCUGUUGCUCUCUGCAGGGUUUGUGGCAUUUAGCAGGGGCUGGGCUAGCCAACCCUCAGCACAAAUCAGCCAAUCACACGCCACCAUCAGGGGACGUUUUUGGUCCCAGUCAGCUAGUGACCUGACUCAGACUCGAAACCGUGACACCUGGAACAUAGAGCUCACUUGCACUGCACAGCCCCUGUUCCCGUUGAGCCACUCAGCAGGCCCUCUCACACCUGCUUCUUAGUGAACAGAAGAGCCAGCAAAAAUUUCCCUUACAGGUGGAGUGCAAUAGAUGGAUUGUUUUUUCCAUUUUUAUUUACAAAGGAGGCCAAAACUAUUAUAAGGUGUAUGGUGGCAACACUUCAGGCAACGCAUAGCAUUUACACAAAUGUGUUGCCUUGUGUUUGUUAAUUUUCCAAAAAGUAAAGUAUAGCAUUGAAUUAAACAGUCCAGGUGUUCUCUUGGGCAAAAGGAAUGUCUAUAUUAUCCAGCGCCAUAGGAGUGUGAGUCAGGAAUACUGGUAAACCUGUUUCCAAAGUGUAACAUUAUGGACGUACGGUAUUUUGUUUUCUGUUCUACACUCUUUGGCUAACAAAAGAGCUAAUGAAAGGAGUUUUUUUUUGUUUCCAUCUGUAGGGGUAUUCCUAUUUGCUUCUGGUGACGGGUCUCAGGGAGGUCAUGAAUUUUAUAUUACGUUUGUGGAUUUCCCUCUAUUGUCACAAGUUAUGAAAAUACAUAUGUUUUGCGCCAGCCUUACUUACAUUAGUUACUUAAUGUACAGUAAGUCCAUGACAACUAGUUUAGUCUAGGGCUGAAACUGUAUCAGUAAGUUUGGGGAACGUGAAUUUCUGGUCAAAGUAACUGGACUAAAAGUAGUUUUCUCUGAAAGUACAGGUAUUGAGAUUACUUGUGUCCUGCAGUGAGAUCAUUAAGGAACAGUACCUUAAGUCUGCACUGUAAAACACAGGAAUGCCCUAAUAAACAGUGUAGAUAUAUUCUAUGGGGGAUUAUAAACAGAACUGACAAACGGAGAAUCAAAUUAAAUCUGUUUGGGCUUAAAGAACAAAUACAAAUACUGUUGAAAACGAAUUUUGUCCCCACUUUUGGGUACUAUUGUUUAUAUCAUAAUGAAGUAUUUUGUGUGUGUGUUUUUUAAGUUUAUGAUUUUUUAAUAGGAAACAUUUUACACUGUAUAAUAGAAAUUAUACAUCGUACAUUCCGAGCAAUUUCUAACCCCUUUAUUUAUUUUACAGCAUUGUAAUUCCAAGAUAAAUAUCAUUUCGCAAUAUUUUUGUAUUUGUCCCCACUACUCCACAAAAUCACAUCUUUAAUACGGUAAAAUGUUGGAAUAGAUUGCUCAUGUACCACUGUAAUAUAUAUUAUAUAUAAAUUUGUACAUAAUUUUUUUCAGAACCUGAAAAAGAUGUUAUAUUUGGUUAAAGAAUAAUGCUUUGUAAUGAAAUGCUGCAACUUGUAACUUGAGAUGAACUGAAUACCAAAUAAAGGUGGGUGGAGGGCG